UGCAUCAGUCAUUGUGAGGGGGAAACCUGCCGAUCCCUGCACACACUCACACGCACGACUCUCCUGUUUAUUCUUAUCCGAACCUUAAGCACUUAAAGUGUAACGUGCACCAAUCUCAUCAUCAUCACACGCACACACACGCGUGCACCGAGGCUCCGCCAGAACCUGCAGCUGCAUUGACGGUAAACAGAGGAAGGUAGCGCAUGGGCAGGCAGCAGGGAAUUAUUCCACAUCGCAUCACAUGCCUGGGCAUACAUGGCGUCCUCACACACCGAGCCGUGACUCCGGCGUGCAGGCUGCUGUGGUAGCCUCCGAUGCUCCCGUCCUUUCCUCCUGUUUCAUUUCUUUGAGUGUGUGUGACAGUGUGUGUGUGCAGCCAUCAUUGUGCGCGCGUCGGCGUGCAGAGGACUGCGCGCACAUUGCAGCCGACCGUGCAUAGGUAUCAUCGAGGAUCGAGACGAUGGAUGCGGGCUCUUCCGGAUCCAUCCCUGCGAACACGACACCGCGCACGGGCAUGAUUUCUCCCCUGCAGCCGCAUCCACGCAUCCUCCAUCGCGCUGCCCUCGAGGAGGGUCCGAUCCUCUGGAGGAAAUGAGAGGAAAGGUCUGUUUUGGCUCACGCUUGUCAAGAUGGAGGAAUCGCUAAGAGGACCCGUGCAUCAUUAUUUUUCUGUGUAAGAGGCAUCUCUUAGCCAUGACCUUUUUUUUUCUAUGAGCGCUGAUUCACAUCGAAGAUUGAUCUCACCGUUGACCCGAUGUAGGAGCUGCUCCCUCCGACCCCCACGACGUCUACUCUUGCUCGGAUUUCAGCAUUCAGUCGAAUUCACCAGGACAGAGUAUGCCAUCUGCACCUUUUCACAGAAUCCUACGACCCCUUCUGCUCGGCACGUUCAUACUGGGAUGCUUUGUCACUCUGUUUUUGAUGUAUUUUAAACCGUCCACCAGCUGGCUGUCAGGUCCCGUAGAGUCAACGGCGUCCACGGACCACGUUAAGAGCCUCUUCUCCACCAAGAGCGAUAAAAACGUGACCACCGUAUUGAUAUGGCUAUGGCCCUUCGGACAGACCUACGACCUGAGCGUCUGCAGCUCUCUCUUCAACAUUGAGGGCUGUUUCAUCACAGCGGACAGAAACUUCUACAACAAGUCAGAUGGCAUCAUCAUCCAUCACAGAGACAUUUGCACCGACCUCUCCAACCUGCCGCCGUUCCAGCGACCGUCCUUCCAGAAGUGGGUAUGGAUGAACCUGGAGUCGCCGUCGCACUCGUCCCAGCUGCCCGGGAUCGAGAACCUGUUCAAUCUGACUCUCAAUUACCGUCAGGAUGCUGACAUUGAAGUGCCUUAUGGGUCCAUCGUAGCAGCGGAGGGCGAGGAGGACUUUGUCCCACCUAGCAAAAACAAACUGAUCUGCUGGAUUGUGAGUAACUGGAACCAGGACCACGUGCGGGUGAAGUACUACAAUGAGCUGUACAAACACAUCGAGGUUCACGCCUACGGACAAGCCUUCGGGGAAUACAUUGCCGACCAGGACUACUUCCCCACCAUGGCCAGCUGUAAGUUCUACCUGGCUUUUGAGAACUCCAUCCAUAAGGACUACAUCACUGAGAAACUGUACAACCCGCUCUCGGUGGGAACAGUGCCCGUGGUUCUCGGUCCGCCCCGGCCAAACUAUGAGAACUUUAUCCAGGGAGACGCCUUCAUCCACGUGGAUGACUUCCCCUCACCCAAGGAGCUGGCGGACUACCUGCUGCUCCUGGACAAAAAUGAGGAAAUGUACGUCAGGUACUUUGAGUGGCGACGGCACUUUAAAGUAAAGAAGGCCUAUUUCUGGGCAGAGCACACAUGCCUGGCUUGUGAUUACCUGCGCAGGCACAAGGAGUAUAAGGCAUUCAACAACCUUGACAAGUGGUACUGGGGUGGAUAGUGCUGUGAAGGGCUAUGAAGGGCUUGUUUUGUUGUUGAAGGCAGUGCUUUAAAUUUGUUUCCUUCGGUUGAUAUGAAGGUUCAUGUUCACUGUUCUGUCGAGAGAUCCUGACUGGUGUUUUUCUAUUGGUUCAACGGCCCAGUGAGAUGUCCAUCUUGUGUUUUUUAUUUGCAAGCCAAUUUGCUAAGCCUUACUUUGCCUUUUUUCGUUAAUCCGUUGUUAUUUGUAUUUAUUUCUUAACAAAUUACAAAUGCACUACAUUUUUAUUCUCAUUUUAACCCAGGUUUUACUUAACAUGACCACAUUUGCUGCUAUUUUUUAUGUUUUUGUUUUAUUUUGAGCUAUGAAUGCAUGUUUGUGUGAACGACUGAUAAUACUCUGAAUGCAAGCUUGUUUUUUUUUCUUUCUUUUAAAAUCACCUUCUCAUGAAGUGGCACACAGACUUUGCAAUAGUGUUGGCUGCCGAAGUAGACAGACAGAAAAGUGAAAAUAUUUAUGUGAUAUUUAUUCAAGUGAGGCAUUAUACGAUUCAAAAAAGAAACAAUUUCAUCUGUGCUAGUGAUGCAGUCACCUAUGCAGUGUUUACUAAGCUCAAAUGUGAAAAUUGUGUACAUAUUGUGUAUAUUUAAAAUGAUGUAGCUGUAAUUUGUUUCUCCAUAUUUUUUGAAGUUUGCAGUUGCACAGUUAAUCCCGCGGUUGCGAUCUGAACACGUGUACAGUGAGACAGAUCUUCAUCGUACACUGUGGUCGUUGAUGGCAUAUGGUGAUCAUUACCCCACUCGCCUCUGACAGCAGAUGUGACUCCGCUCGGUGAGAGGGAGGUUACUAUUUUAAUCGUGUUGCGAAUCGCUCAUUGUCACAUGUAAUGUGUCACAGUGCGGUGGGAUCCCAUGUGGAUGAUGAUGGUACGGUGCCGAGCCAUUGUGCUGGGAUGUGAAACUCCCACACAGCUCAUUAUGUUGCAUACUGAUUUAAUCUUGAAAAGUAAUUUCUCAUCGAAUACAUGUAUACAAAAAUCAAAAAUAGCACAAAAUUAACACAUGACGGAAUCUUUUUGUUACAUUGCUACUUCUGUUCUCUCAUCGACAAUUUCAUCUUAAAUAUAGACACUGAUAUUUUCAACUGUUUUCCGCAGCAUAUGGUUAAAGCAAGUGUGAAUGAGACCAGCUCAGACAAGGUGAGAUCUGCCCACAUGUUAUGAAAAAUGUGCUUGCGGUGAGAUUAUCCACGUUUCUGUUUUUGAAUCAUUACACCAGUGCUGUUCGGGGAGUUGGCGGAGCUUAUUAAGUUGUUUCUUGUUUUUCUUUACACUCCUGUUUACAGCACUACACCACUCGAGAUCACACAACUAACAGACAGCUCUUCAUCUGUAGAUAUUUCACACAAUCAAUGUCUGUCAAACAGCACUCUGCAGCUAUUGACAAGAUGGUAACAUUUUUCCAAAGGUACUGUGCAAAACCAUGGCAACAUUUUAUGCAAGAUAAGCCUGUGGCUUCUUGGUCAGAGUACUCAAACGUGUCAGGUUUAUUAUCAUUUUGAUACGUCUUCACACUGUCAAAAGGGACCAUUGAUGUAAAUAUUGAUGAAUCCAAUUAUUUUUCUUAUGGAAUAUGGUUCUGAAUGCCAUAACGAAAACCUGUAUAUAAAACCUUGUUGUAGACAGGAUCGAACCAGCCCACUAACACAGAUCAUUCCUGUAUGUGUGAAUCAGACGGAGGGAUCUCUCGCAUUUACGGGGGAAAAGGAAACACUGGUGUUGUAUAUAUUUUUAAUGUUCAAAUCUCUUUAUAACAUGCGAGUGUCGUCCGGCGGUGGAUGUGAUUUCGGUGUUCCUUUGUAAGUAAAGCUGGUGCUUCCAGAGACUGUGAAUCAAACUGAAAGGAGAGAGAGAGACUUGAAAAUAAUAACCUGCAUCAGAGACAAUGGCGUUAGUGUUGUAAGGUGGACGAUUUCGUCAGGGGAGGUAAUUUUACACUGGAGAAGUUUUUAUAGGCAGUAAUCCUGUUGGUGUGACCUAAUUGAAAAGGAGUCACGCUCAAAUGCAGCAGAUAUAGCACUUUCAUUCAUGUGGAGUUGUGUGACUCACUGUGCUGGUGGCUGUCUUUUAGAUGGAGCUAUUGUGAGAUCAAAAAACUGUCAUGCAAGACCUCUGCCUGUCCCACAGAUUCACUAUGAACCUGUUGCUCGUGGGUUUCAUAUUGUACAGUCUAUUCAUUGAAAAAAGGUUUCUCGUCCAAUGUGCUCGGCGACUUUAUGAAAUGAAAAGUUUUUCUUUUCUGUGUGUUGUCUGUCCUUUUCGUCCUCUCUUCCUUUCUCUCUUUUUUACUUCGCACAAAAACAAACACGAGGAGCCACAACUUUCUCUGUCCCCGUGUCUGAGUCUGUGAGUGUGUCACAUCACCAGAGAGUGAAUCAGGACGUCUCUGGAUACUGUCUGACCUGCCCAUGAUUUUGCUGGAGUCCUCAUAAAAAAACAUUGUAUAACCAAGUGAGAUGAAAUCUUCUUGUGUGAUUGAACAUGAAGAUGCUCCUUUUUUUUGCCAGUUCACUGAAAAUGUCAGUGAGUCAAUCAGUAAGUUUAUCUUUCUUUAUUUUUUGCCAAAUUAAUGUAUUUUGCCAAAUGUUGUGUUUGAACUGUAGAUGUCUGAUAGUGUCAAAGAAAAUAAAGAUAUGGAUAAAUGAGCAAACAUG